AUGCUGUACCAACGAGGAGACCGUCGCUUGAAGCUCGCUACAAUCUAUGAAGGCCGUGAAACUGAAUUCAUUGGAUGGGAAAACUUGGACACUGACGUCUUGGUGAGGAUCUUUCAGAAAUGUUAUGACCUCCCUGAGCUGUCGACUUCUCGAUUAGGUCAUGUCUGUAGGAAAUGGCGUCAGGCUUUCCGCGAUCCCAUGCUGUGGAAGACGAUCGAUCUGUCGGGAAUGAAAUCUACUUUCAUCAAGAUCCCAGUUGUUCCAUUUGUGUACGUGAACAGCAGCUCUGAUGAGCAACUGAAACGGAUCUUGGAUUGCUGCAUGAGGUUUAGCAAUCAGAACACAACCACCUUGAUUUUCCAUUACAACUUGUAUCCGACUAAUGAAAUGAUCACGAACAUUGCUCAAAGCUGUCCAAACAUGAGACGCUUGGUGCUACUAUCGUGGACCAGGAUAAAGGAGGCAAUUAUGUGUGAUGCACUAAGCCACUUCAAGAACCUGGAAUCACUAACAAUCCCAAGCAUGACAAUGCCAAGCAUGAUAGAGCCGGAGAAUCUCUUUCCAUCGAUCAAGAAGAACUGCAAGAAUUUAAGAGAGCUCAAGGUAAUGGGUACCAUCGAUCUCUGCUUCGUGAAGAACCUCGUGAAGCACCUCCAGCAGGUGAAAGUCCUCAGCCUCAGAUGCAACAGCAUACACCAAGAUGCGCUCCUAGCACUCUUCGAUGGAAUGAAAGACCUCGAGGUUCUCAACGUUUGCCAUUGCUACAUCUUUGUGCCGGAGGGAACGUUUCCUGAUUGGAGCAAAAUACUGGAGAAGGCCUCGCAGCUGAAGCGGGUUAUGAGCUGUUUUAAUCCCCAGACUUGUGACAUGUGUCGCAGGGCGUGUGAAGAUGAAGGGAUGGUGAGGUGGUACAAGUGUGAGGAAGGGCUUUGGAAAGCAGAUGAAUUAGCCUCUCUUCAUCUCUAA